CUCACAUGACAUGAAGCUGCUGCGCAUCUUCUGCCUCUACCCGUGCGCGCUCGCCUUUGCGCUCGCGGCAAUCCUCAUCGGCUUCUUCUCGCAAGCGCACAUCCCGGAGGGCCGUGCCUUUGCAACGAUCAUCCCGCUCGCCGGCGGCUAUCUGCCUGCGACCAUCGUGGGCGACUCAUGGUGGGAGGACCGCACGCCGACGCCGCGGGUGCCUGCCAACCUCAUGCCCGCCGCGCGUCCGAGCGGCGAGAAGUUCGUUCCGCUGCUCGGGACGCAGGACAACUUCCCCAUGCUCGGCCUCGGCCUCUGCUGCCGAGCGACGGCAUACGACUUCCACUCAGUGAGCCGCUCGGUCCUGUGGUACCUGCUCAAGGGCGGGCGCCACCUGGAUGCCGCCUACCUAUACAUGAACAACGAGGCGAUUGGCCACGCGAUCGCAGCGGCCGCCGACCGCGGCGUGCCACGCUCUGAGCUCUUUGUGACGUCCAAGCUCGGGCCUCGCUUCUUCUCGGGCUUGAGCCCAGAGGUCGAGCUCAAGCUCAUGCUCCAGCAGCUCGGGCUCGACUACCUCGACCUGGUGCUGCUGCACCACCCGGAGGGGAUCGGUGGCAUGAUCGGCAAGUGCGCCAACGGCACGGCCGCCGAGUGCCGCGCAAACGCGUGGGUCAAGCUGUCGGCGCUUCGCGCGCAGGGCCUGAUCCGUAACCUGGGUGUGUCCAACUUCCAGAUCUCGCAGAUACAGCCGCUCGAGGCGCUCGGCCUCGCGCCGGUGAGCGUGAACCAGGUCCAGUACAACCCGUGGGUGCCCGACUGGCAGCAGGACGUCGUCGACUACUGCCAGAAGAAGGGCAUCGUCGUGACGGCAUGGAGCCCCUUCCAGGGCACCAUGAUGCAGCACGCAUCGCUCUUCACCGUGCAGUCGCUGCAGGAGGUGGCGCGCGCCAAGGGCAAGACGGUCGCGCAGGUGAUGCUUCGCUGGGCGCUGCAGAAGGGUGUCGUCGCCAUCCCGGGCACGAGCAAUCCUGCGCACAUGGACGAGAACCUCGCGGCGUACAGCUUCGAGCUGACGGCUGGCGAGAUGGCGGUCAUCGACGGCGUGCGCUCCGACCCAAAGGCCAAGGGCUUCGUGGCAAUCGGGUUUGAGAAGAAUGACAGCUGACGGGCUGCGUCUCGCUCUCGGUGCGUCCUUGUGCUUCUUAGGGCGCGGAGGCCGGAGCACUUCUUUUCUUAUUUUCAGUCCCGUGCCCAGUGUCGUGAGAGGGAGCUUUCUUCUAAAAGUUAUUU